AUGAAAUUACAAUCAAUUGUAUUCGUCAUAACUUAUUUUUUUCUAUUUAUUAUUUAUUGUCAUGGUUCAGCUAAUGUACAUGUAUCUGAUUCAUUAAUUGUUGAUGAUUCUGGACGUGUAAGAAUUUAUCAUGGUGUUAAUUUUGUCAUGAAAGGAUUUCCAUGGUAUCCACCUGAAUUACUCGAUCCAAUUAAAGUUGCAAAUCUAUCACAAUGGGGCAUCAAUUUUGUACGACUUGGUAUGAUGUGGGCUGGUGUUGAACCUCAACCACAAAAAUAUAAUGUAACUUAUUUGAAUAUAAUGAAACAAAUUGUUGAAUUGCUUGAAUCAAAUGAAAUAUUUGUUUUACUUGAUAUGCAUCAAGAUUUAUUAUCCAGUCGAACUGGAAGUUAUGAUGGUAUACCAGGAUGGUUAUACGAUCGAUUUCCUGCACCGAAUCAUCCAUUUCCUUGGCCAUUUAAAUCAGGAGCAGGCGCCAACUGGUUUGAUCUUUAUCUAACAGAAGCUUGUUCACAUGCAUUCCAAUGUUUAUAUGACAAUAUAGGUGGUGCUAUUGAAUCAAUGAGUGAUUUCUGGCGAGUAGUCGCAACUACAUAUAAAAAUUAUUCUAAUAUACUUGGCUACGAAAUAAUUAAUGAACCAUGGGCUGGAAAUUAUUUUGCUAAUCCAACAUUAUUUCUACCAGGUAUUGCUGGUGAGAAAAAUUUACAACCAUUAUAUGAAAAAGUUGCGAAAGCUAUUCGCUCAGUUGAUAAUGAUACACUUAUUUUUUAUGAACCAGUUACCUGGGGUGUUCGAUUGAAUGGUAAGUAUUUUGGUACUGGAUUUACACAUGUACCUGGUGGUAAUGAUUAUCGUAAUCGAAGUGUUCUUUCUUAUCAUUAUUAUUGUAUAAUUUUAUCUGUUAAACCUGUAUCAGAUAAUAGUACAAUACCAGUUUUUGAUCGACUGCUAUGCGAUGAUGUUGAAGGUCCAGCACUUUUUCGUUCUGUACAAACUGAUCUUGCUCAAUUAGGUGGUUCAGCAUUUUUAACUGAAUUUGGUGGUUGUGAUGGUUCACCAACAUGUGAUGAACAACUUGAUUGGGGUUUAGAUGCUGCUGAUCAAUUCUUACAAUCAUGGGCUUAUUGGGGUGAUAUUUUUGGUCAUACAUCAGCAAUAAAACGUAUAUCACGCAUUUAUGCUCGCGCAAUUUCUGGCAAACCUCUUGCUAUGCAAUACAUAGCUAGUCAACGUUUAUUUUAUUUAUCAUAUUAUAUUGAUCCAGCAAUAAAAGAACCUACUGAAAUUUAUAUUCCACCAUUACAUUUUCCACAACAAGGUUAUAAUGUAACUGUGAAUGCAGUAUUAAAAUGGAAAAUUGAUCCAUUAAAUUCAAAUAUUAUUCUUGUUGAACCAAAUGUACAGCUUGUAACAAGUAAUAAUCCAUCUAUGAUUGGUGUUGUUGAAAUUUGUCCAAAAGUCUGA